ACAAGAUGACAAUUCAUAUUUUUACCAAAAGACCCAGUGAGUCAUCCUAUUAACUCUGGUGAAAUACAUGCUUGCCAAUUGUCCUGCCACGUUAGCCAACUGACAUCACGAUGACUGAAGACUUAGACCACAGAUUCAGCAGUCUCACCUGGGAUCAGAUUAAAAUCCUGGAUCAAGUCUUAGCUGAGGUCACUCCUAUUCAUGGGAGAGGAAAUUUCCCAACACUGGAUGUAAAGCCGAAGGAUAUCAUUCACGUGGUAAAGGAACAGCUCAUCGAAAAGCAAAUCAAUGUUAGAGAUAUCCGCCUGAACGGUUCGACAGCCAGUCACAUCCUAGUGAAGCAGAACGGAACCAGUUACAAGGACCUAGACAUCAUUUUUGGGGUGGAACUUCCAAGCGAGCUCGAGUUCCAGGUGGUUAAGGAAGCAGUUCUUAAUUGCCUGUUGGACUUCUUGCCAAAAUGUGUUAAUAAGGAAAGAAUCACUGCUCAGACUAUGAAAGAUGCCUACGUGCAGAAGAUGGUCAAAGUCUCCACCGACCAUGAUCGCUGGAGUCUCAUCUCACUGUCAAACAACAGCGGCAAGAAUGUAGAAUUGAAGUUCGUCAACUCACUCAGACGGCAGUUUGAGUUUAGCGUGGACUCCUUCCAGAUCAUACUGGACUCCAUACUAGGCGUUUACAGAGCAACAGACUGCAAACUGACAGAAGACUCUCACCCCACUGUCAUCGCCGAGAGUAUGUAUGGAGACUUCAACGAAGCAAUGGACCACUUAAAAUACAAACUGAUUUCCACAAGGAACCCAGAGGAAAUCAGAGGAGGUGGCCUCCUGAAGUACAGUAAUCUCCUGGUUCGUGACUUUAAGCCAGCAGAUGAGGCUGAAAUUAAAUCUCUGGAACGUUACAUGUGCUCCAGGUUCUUCAUUGAUUUUCCAGAUGUUGCUGAGCAGCAAAGGAAAAUUGAGUCAUAUCUGCGAAACCAUUUCAUUGGGGAAGAGAAAAGCAAGUAUGACUACUUGAUGACUCUGCGUGGCGUUGUGAAUGAGAGCACCGUCUGUCUCAUGGGACACGAGCGAAGACAAACUCUGAAUAUGAUCACAAUUCUGGCUUUAAAAGUACUCGGAGAACAAAAUAUCAUCCCAAAUGCAGCCAAUGUAACAUGCUAUUAUCAGCCUGCUCCAUAUAUCAGUGACAGAAACUUCAGCAAUUACUACAUUGCUCACGGACAACCACCUAUCAUCUACCAGCCGUACCCAUUUCACCUACAAAUGCAAAGUGGCAUGGUUUAGGAACGUGAGAACCUCCUCAGCACUUACACUCCUCUCUCUUUCCAGUUCUUUCCGUAAUAAAGGCCUCAUUAAA